CCUGUGUAAGAGUUGAGCUUCCACAUACUCCACAAGAGAACUAGAAAUUGCAGAAGACAGUUAUAAUUUCUUGCAGGAUCCAUAUGAGUCUUUCGAAGUUAGCUGCUUGCAAGCAGGCACAGCCCGGCUUGUUGUGUUUCCAACCAGGACUCGCCCCAGAUACUUUCUAUGGUACAAAGGACAAGGUCGUGUUUGUAAUGGGAGCGACUGGAACUGGAAAGUCGAGGCUCGCCAUCGAUCUUGCGACCCAGUUCCCCGCCGAGAUCAUAAAUUCCGACAAAAUCCAGGUCCAUCGAGGUCUCGAGGUCCUUACCAAUAAGGUAACAGAAGCAGAAUGCCGGGGCGUACCCCACCACUUGCUUGGAGUAAUUGAGCCAGAUUCUGAUUUCACGGCCGACGAUUUCUGCUCCCACGUGCUAAUGGCUAUAGAGUCGAUUCUGGGUCGAGGCCGGCUGCCGAUAAUUGCGGGCGGAUCAAAUUCCUUCAUCGAUGCACUCGUGAAUGGGAACCCUGAGUUUCAGUCGAGGUAUGAGUGUUGCUUCCUUUGGGUGGAUGUGUCAAUGCCUGUCCUGCAAUCUUUUGUAUCAGAAAGAGUCGAUAAGAUGGUAGAGUUAGGGUUGGUAGGUGAGGUGAGGAAUAUUUAUGACCCCAAAGCUGACAAUUCAAGGGGCAUUAGGCGUGCAAUCGGGGUCACUGAAAUGGUCGAGUACUUGAGCAUCGAAGCUUCGACCACCUUAGACGUCGAGACAAAGGCCAGAGUUCUCAAGAUGGCCAUAGACGAAAUCAAGAAAAAUACGUGUGCUCUGGCUUCACGGCAGCUGCAAAAGAUUCACAGGCUAAACGAUAUCUGGGACAGGAAAAUGCAACGCCUGGAUGCCACGGAAGUGUUUGUGAAAAGAGGAGCGGAGGCGAAUGAAGUGUGGGAGAUGGUCGUGGCUGGGCCUAGUACCAUGAUAGUCUAUGGCUUCCUCUACGACAAAAAUCCAAUAGCUCGAGCUAUAACACCUGACACCUCGAGUGCGGGCGCAAUUGCAACAGCAGCAGUUUCUAUCCCGAUGGCUGCCAUGACACACUAGCAUGUAUCUGCUCGACCUAACCUGACAGGAGGCAGCUUUCUUAGGUCCCAAGGUAUUAACACGAAAUGCAGGGGUAUGGCAUAUUGUUGGUUCACAUGAAGUGUUGAAAUAUGAGAAAAUGAAAAGGAAGGUAUAGCUUGGACUACAAGAAUGACACAGGCCACCAAUGCUCUGCAAAUUAUAAGGCAGCACACAAACGCUUCGUAACCAUUAUCGCAAACUUGGUAAAACAUAAUUGAAUUUCACAAGAUAUCUGAACGGAAAGAAAUUUUAUCUAUAUAUGUAUUACUUGAAGAUGACAUUAUCGAGUAUUUCUUCCCUUUUUCUUUCUCUUUUCUUCUUGUAAUUUUGCAGCGAACCCUAUGUAAUGAAAUUCGUCAUGGAUGAAAACGAAAA